CUUUAUGCAUAUCAUAUAUUUGUUGACUUGUCAGCUUGUCACAAAGCUCUAAGAGUGAAUUGUCAAAAGUAACAAAUUUUUAUUAGCGCUCUAAUGCUUUAUUUUUUUAUUAUACUAUGUAUUAUGAGAUAUAUAGUAUAAUAAAUGUAUAUAAAUCCUAUAAUAUUUAAGACAAUUAGGAGGGUUAAUUGAUUACUUCUGUGUAUAUAUGGUGACAAGAGCGAUGUCGGCAUCAGAAUCAUUAGCAAUCGUGCAAUCAAAAUUUGUCUCAGGAGAGACUGUCGUAACGGCUACAGAAGCAUUCUUAAUACAAGGUUGGAUAAAAUCUUCAAGAUAUAUUGCUCUCGUUUACAAAGGUACGACUCAUGCUUUAGCAAUCUUCCUUGUUUCAAAAACACCUCCACAAGUGUACAGUGACCUUACUUUGGAAGGAAUACUGCCUAUUGAUCAAGAUUUUAAAUGUGGUAUAGAUACCAAUGGACAAGCACAGGAUGGUCUUAAUAUAUACAUGAAUGUUACAUCGAGAAAACUGCGUCUGAUAUUUGAAAUGAAACUCGGAGAAGCAACUAGCUCAUUAGUGUCGGAAAUAUUUCGUGCAAUAGAAGUAUAUCAAACAGGUAAAAGUCCAGCAGCAGAAUUUUCAUGGAUCGAGAAGCUAACAAGAAGUACAAGAAGUUUAGCUUCUGUUGGUAAAGAUGUACAGGAUGCUGCUGAUUGUUUGCUCAAUCUCGAAAGUCACGAUUUAGUAGUACGAAGACAAAGCAUUGCCUCGGGUAAAUCACCAGUAGCUGCAAGAGAGUCAGUGAUACGAUAUCAGAUGGCCUGUAAAGAAGAUGAUUACACAUAUAGUAAAACAUUUCGUAUACUGACUUGUACAUGGAACGUCAAUGGACAGCCCCCAAAUGGCAUUAAAUUAGACCAGUGGUUGAGUACGGACGAAUUGCCACCGGAUAUAUAUGCUAUUGGAUUUCAAGAAUUAGAUUUAAGUAAAGAAGCGUUCCUAUUUCACGAAACUCCCAGAGAAGAGGAAUGGAGGCAAGUCAUAGUUGAUUCGCUUCAUCCCGGAGGUGUUUAUACCCAGGUUGCUCUUGUUAGAUUAGUGGGCAUAAUGUUGCUGGUGUAUGCGCUCGAAACUCAUAUGCCGUUUAUUGAAAAUGUAUCUACUGAUACAGUAGGGACAGGCUUUAUGGGAAAGUUGGGCAAUAAAGGUGGUGUGGCAGUAAGCUGUUGUAUUCACAAUACGUCCGUUUGCUUUGUUAACGCUCAUUUAGCGGCGCACUGUGAAGAAUUUGAACGACGCAAUCAGGAUUAUGCUGAUAUUUGUGCGACAUUAUCCUUUACAAAAUAUGUUCCACCCAAAAACUUUAAAGAUCACGAUCAAAUUUAUUGGUUGGGAGAUUUAAAUUACCGGAUAACGGAUAUGGAUGCUGCAGUGGCUAAGCAAUACAUUUCAGAAGGCAACUACAAUCCUGUCUUAGCACUAGAUCAGCUUGGACAACAACGCAAAGCAGGGCGUGUGUUUCAAGGAUUUCAGGAAGCCGAAAUUAAUUUUAAACCUACAUAUAAAUAUGAUCCAGGUACUGACAACUGGGACUCGAGUGAAAAAUGCAGAGCUCCGGCUUGGUGCGAUCGAGUAUUAUGGAAGGGAGAUAUGAUUAAAUCAAUUAGUUACAAAAGUUAUCCGGAACUUAAGAUAUCCGAUCACAAACCAGUUAGUGCAAGUUUUGAUUCACAGAUACGAAUUAUAGACAUGGCCAAGUAUCGUAAAAUUCAUGAAGAAGUCAUGAAGAAAUUAGAUAAAUUGGAAAAUGAAUUCUUGCCCCAAGUAAUGGUCGAUACCACGGAUAUUAUUUUUGAUGUUUUAAAGUUUCUCGAACCUAGUAGUAAAGAACUCAUUAUCGCUAAUACAGGCCAGGUACCAGUACAAUUCGAAUUCAUAAAAAAAUUGGAUGAUACAAGUUACUGCAAGGAUUGGUUACACAUAGAACCUUAUACAGGUUUCAUAAAACCAGGUGAAAAGUGCGAUAUUAAAUUGGAAGUAUAUGUAGACAAGAAAACUGCGUGUAAACUCAAUUCCGGUGAGGAUAAGUUAUAUGAUAUUUUAGUAUUACAUCUCGAGGGGGGUAAGGACAUUUUUAUUACUGUAACAGGUACUUAUGAGAGAAGCUGUUUUGGCUCUUCUAUGGAAGCAUUGGUUCAUAUUUCAGUUCCAAUUAGAGAAAUUCCUGUUGGGCGGCUAAUAGAAUUGGAGAACAAUAAAAAUCCAUCACAAGAACCAUAUCCAGUACCGAAAGAAGUAUGGCAUUUAGUAGACAGGCUAUAUCGACAUGGUAUUAAAACUCCAGGGCUUUUUGAAACACCAGGCCUUCAUAGCGAGAUAAUAGCCAUUCGAGAUUGGUUAGAUGAAUCAAGUCAAGAUCCGAUGCCUGGAGGCAUACAUUCAGUAGCAGAAGCAUUAUUAUUACUUUUAGAGUCCACAGCUGAACCCUUAAUACCAUACAAUUUGCAUAAUGUUUGCCUAUCUGCUGCAACCAAUUAUUUUCAAUGCAAACAAAUCGUGAUGCAGUUACCUGAAACCAGAAGAACAGUUUUUCUCUACAUUAGUUCAUUCUUACAAGAGUUAUUAAAUCAUAUGCAAGAUAAUGAACUUGAUGCUAAAACGCUCGCCACAUUAUUUGGAUCAAUAUUUUUGAGAGACCCGCCGAGAAGCAGAGAUGAUCGUCAUCAAAGAAGUCGCGCGACUCAGAUUACAUUCGAUAAAAAGAAAGCUGCUUUUGUUUAUCAUUUUUUAGUCAAUGAUCAAAGCGAUUUUAUAUUGGGUCGAUAACGUGAGAAUCCAAAAUUUAAUGAAGUAUAUACUAACAACAUUACUUAAAGUUUCUUAGUUUUUAAAUAGAGAAGAACUGAAAAAAGAUUAAAUGCCUAGCUAGCUGACAGUGGUUUUUUUUAGCAUUUUUUAUAACAUAUCAAAAAUUAAACAUGUGCUUCUAUUAUUUGCUACAGGAGCUACUUUUCAAAGCUACGUAAAUAAUUCAGUAGGUAUGUGUCGUAGAUCAAGAAAUUAUAUAAGUGUGUAUUAAUUCUUGAAAAUAAAUUAUUUAUUACAUGCACA